AUGGAUCCCUCCUCCGUCGCCAGUCAGCAUGUGGACGACGAUCCGCGGACGGACUUAGCGAUUAAUACCCACGAGGGCUCAUCGGGAUCGAGCCCAGAGAAUUCCGAUCUGAGUCGUGAUACGAGCGUCGGCGGAUCAGAUAGAGUCUAUCCCAUCCGAUCGAUCGUGUCCGUCAACCCUUCCCCAACCAGUCCGUCUCAAGCCGUUGCAGCGACCAGCUCCACGCAGUCUCGAAGCGGAGCUCGAUCCUACUCGAUCAUAGAUUCCGACACCUGGGAUCAACUUCGUUCACAACCCGUCCUUACUCCACCAAGCGAUGCAGCUGCCAGUAGUAGCGAACCUCAAUACACCCCCACAACCUCCGAAGGCGCCUCCCAACAACCAUCUGAAGGCCACUCACGUAACUCAGACGCUGGGAUAAGCGUGCCUGUCGAUUCAAACGGGGCACUGCUGCCGGUGGACAAGAACAAGACGCAUGUCACCUCCCGAUUCCAACAUGUCGUGACUCAAGGCGGACACGCCGUGAUUACGGGCAGCACCCCGGAUACCUUCAUGGCUUGCGAGGACGAACCAAUCCACAUUCCGGGGGCAGUACAAAGCUUUGGAGUCUUGCUUGCCAUGCGAGAAGACGAAGAUGGUAUAUUGUCGGUCCGGGUCGCAAGUGAAAAUUCAGAGGCAAUUUUGGACCACUCCCCCAGCAGUCUGUUCGCCCUGGAGAGCUUCUGCGAUCUGUUGUCAGAGGAUCAGGCGGACAUCCUUCUCGAUCAUGUCGACUUUGUUCGCGAUGAAGGUCAUGAUCCCAGUGCGGACGGACCAGAGGUCUUCAUAUUGUCGGUGAACGAUCGCACUGGACGCCCCCGGCGAUUUUGGUGCGCCAUCCAUGUCAUUCCAACUCAACGAGAGAUCAUCAUCUGCGAGUUUGAGUUGGAGGAUGACCGGCUCAACCCUCUCAACAUGGGCGGUCGCACAACCCCCCUGACCCAAUCCGACACUCUUGGGUUUGACCCCACCCCCGAGCAACUGGCAAGCAGCACCGUUAAUAUCAGCCAACCACUACGAGUCCUUCGAAAUGCCCGCAGGAGACGCGGUGAAGCCGCCGCCAUGGAGGUCUUCAGCAUCGUCAGUCAAAUCCAGGAUCAAUUAGGGGAUGCCAAAACUCUUGAUACACUCCUCAACAUUACAGUGGGUCUGGUGAAAGAAUUGACCGGGUUCCAUCGUGUGAUGAUUUAUCAAUUCGAUAGCGAAUAUAACGGUACCGUCGUGGCGGAGUUGGUUGACCCGCGGACCACCAAAGAUCUCUAUAAGGGGCUGCAUUUCCCCGCUGCGGAUAUUCCCAGACAAGCGCGAGAUCUGUAUCGCAUAAAUAAGGUUCGAUUACUCUACGAUCGGGACCAGCUUACUUCACGGCUUGUCUGCCGCAGUUCACAGGAUCUAGAAACGCCUCUGGAUCUGACCCACGCCCAUCUACGAGCAAUGUCGCCCAUUCACAUCCGUUACCUCGCUAACAUGGGCGUGCGUUCGUCCAUGUCCAUCAGUAUCAACAGCCCUAAUGACUUAUGGGGUUUAAUCUCAUGCCAUACCCACGGCGACGCGGCUAUGAGGGUACCUUUUCCCAUACGCAAAAUGUGUCGACUGAUCGGGGACACGCUUUCGCGCAAUAUUGAGCGUCUUUCCUACACCUCACGAUUGCAAGCUCGCAAGCUGAUUAACACCAUUCCGACCGAUGCAAAUCCCUCGGGUUAUAUCAUUGCCUCGUCCGAUGAUAUGCUGAAAUUAUUCGAUGCGGAUUAUGGGGCUAUCUCGAUCCGCGGCGAAACCAAAAUCUUGGGCAAGUCAACUGAGUCUCAUGAAAUGUUGGCUUUGCUAGAAUUCCUGAAGAUGCGUCGGCUUCAUUCGGUGGUUGCAUCGCAUCAUGUAACGAAAGAUUUCCCCGAUUUGCACUAUCCUCCAGGCUUCAAGCAUAUCUCGGGUAUGCUUUAUGUGCCGCUAUCUUCCGAUGGCAAGGACUUCAUUGUCUUUUUCCGCAAGGGCCAGCUGACGGAGAUCAAAUGGGGCGGCAAUCCUCAUGAGAAGGAAUUCAAAGAUGGUCAUUUGGAGCCCCGAAAGAGUUUCCAGGUCUGGAGCGAAACAGUGAUCGACCAGUCUCGCGAAUGGUCCGAGUCUGAAGUCGAAACUGCCGCUGUUCUUUGCCUUGUAUAUGGUAAAUUUAUCAAGGUCUGGCGACAGCAAGAAGCCGCCCUGGAGGGAUCGCAGUUGACAAAGCUACUGCUGGCUAACUCCGCCCAUGAGGUCCGGACCCCGUUGAAUGCCAUCAUCAACUACCUCGAGAUUGCCCUAGAGGGCGUUCUGGAUACCGAGACUCGCGACAAUCUCACCAAAUCUUACUCUGCCUCCAAAUCUCUCAUUUACGUCAUCAACGAUCUCUUGGACCUCACGAAUACCGAAAAGGGUCAAAAUUUGAUCAAAGACGAGGCCUUUGAUCUACCUCAGAUCUUCAAGGAGGCAACUGCCAUGUUUGAAGGGGAAGCUAAACGCAAGGGCAUCAAGUACACUGUGAUCACUCAUCCCGGAAUUCCUCGCACUGUCCUAGGCGACGAACGCCGCGUGCGGCAGGCGAUCAGCAACCUCAUUUCUAAUGCAGUUCAAUACACAACCGAUGGCGAGGUCACUGUCGAAUUCUGGCGCGCUCCAGUCACCCCAGAGCCCGACGUCGUCACCAUCCAGAUGACAGUGCUUGAUACGGGAUGCGGAAUGUCCGACACCAUGCUCGAAACCUUGUUCCAGGAGCUUGAACAGGUCUCCUACAACGACGACGAUACUUACUUCUUCGAUCGCGAUCCCAACAAUCCAACCGAAGCGAACGCAGAAGAAGGAGAAAAGGGAGUCCUGGGCUUAGGAUUGGCGUUGGUGUCGCGAAUCGUCCGCAACACUCACGGUCAGCUCAGUGUCCGGUCAGAACAAGGCAAAGGAAGCCGAUUUCAGAUCUCGCUCCAGUUCGUGACUGCAAGCGAUGAGCAGCCGGAAUUAGAGCCGGCUGACAUUCCGGCUCAUACUGAUAGCCCCACACCCUUCCAGGCGAAAGAAGACUUUGUGCUCGUGGACAACAGCUCAACCACCCCUCACGAGGGCCGACGGCGUAGCGGCGACAGCUCGCGAGCUGGUAGUGCUGAGAAAUUGCCUAACCAGAUUCCGAUCGACAGCCUCAAAGAUAAGCUUGCUGGCGUAUCUAUCCGAGAGCUGUCUAAACUUGCCCAAACCGAGUCAGCAGAUGACGCCGCAGACUCCUCACAACCUGAUACGAAGGUGCCCGCAUCACCCAUCAUGCAACCAUCUGGGGUUCCAGCGAUUCUCCAGGGUCCCGAGCCGAAGACUCCUUCCGGCGUCUAUAGUAUCCUUGUGGCGGAAGACGAUCCUAUCAACAGCAAGAUCAUACAAAAAAGACUCGAAAAGGCCGGUCACGCUGUUCACUUGACCGUCAACGGCGAAGAAUGCGCAGCGGCAUUCCGUGCCGAUUCUGCGCGCUAUGACCUCGUGUUGAUGGACAUACAGAUGCCUAUUGUCGACGGUAUAAACUCGACUAAGAUGAUCCGCCAGCUCGAGAAGGAGCCGAACUGUUUGCUUUCCCGUAUCGCACAAGCCAACAAUCGAGUACCUAUUUUUGCAGUGUCCGCCUCUCUCCUCGAAAAAGACAUGCCCCUGUAUGUUGGUGCAGGCUUCGAUGGAUGGGUGAUGAAGCCCAUCAACUUCAACCGUCUCAAUCUGCUUCUCAGUGGACUUGAAGACGAGAAAGCCCGCAAAAACGCCACCUAUCGGCCUGGAGAUUGGGAGAAUGGGGGCUGGUUCUAG